AUGAAUUAUUUAACAUUACAACAACAACUAUGGCAAGAUUAUCUUGAUAUCGGUAUGAACGAUGGUGUUUGGGCUCCACGAGUAUCGAAGUCAAAAGCUAAAGAACAUAAUACAUGUGUAUCAUAUGGUCGAUCAGAGAAAUUUGUUGAACAACGUCAAAAAACAAUUCAACAUCAAUUGAAUCGCACUGAUCGCCAAUUACAACAACAUCUUGCUCAACUACCAGAAUGGACAGGAAAAGUUCAACCUUCCAUUGAUUCAACAUUUCUCUCAAAUGCCAUUAAAGCAAUGAUAAAAAAUGGUCUCUAUCGCUUAAAUGCUCAAUUCAAACAUAAACAAGCCAUGUUAAAAUUCGAUGCUGAUGAUCAUCACUUGAUUGCGGCCGUCUAUGACUUGAAACCGACUGAAGAACAGAUUGUGCUCCUAAAAAUAUAUUGGCAAGCCGUUGCAGAUGAACAGAAAGCACUCGAGGAAAUGGAAGUACUUCGAAAACGAGUGUCAUUAAGACGACUUCCUCAGCCAUUUGCUAAAAUUCUUGAUCAAUCCAUUGCGUCUGUUCAAACAAUGCUCUCACGUCCUAUUCUUAAUAAACAUCGACGUGCUAGUAUGGCAUCAUGUUGUUCAAAAACAAUUACACAAUAUAAAUUUGAUAUGAUAACUAUGACCAUUGCUAUAGCUCAAGAUACGGCUCGUGAUCAUGCUCAAUUGGCAGUCGAUACGAAAAAUAAAUUACGACUACUCGGCGGUGAUCAAAUACGAUCUUCUACUGAAUUACUCAUCAACGCCAUGGAAACUCGUGCAGAAAAUAUGAAAAAACGUGCAUAA